GCGCUCGUACCCCUGGCGCGCCUCAUGCCUCACCCACCAGCACUCGCCGGCGCUGCGGGCGUAGAAGCGCCCGGCGGGCCCCUUGCCGAUCACGAGGCGGGUCACAGGGCAACAGGCUCCACAGACCCGAGGGACACGGAGGGCAACGGCAGCGGCAGGGACGGCAGCGGCAGUGAUGGCGGCAGCGGUGGCGGCGCUGUCUUGGUGGGUGACGCGUACUACGCAGCAAAGCAGCAGCUCUUCGUGGCGGAGCAGCACGCGCUGCGCCACAACCACUUUGUGGUGGACGUGCUGCACCCGCACAAGCACGUGAUGCACAUGGCGCGGUGCCUCCUUGGCGGCAGCUGCGGCGGGGUUUCCAGUGGCCAGCAGCAACGCAGGUUGUCGUUUGACGGGGGCAGCGGCGGGUGGCAUGACGGCGGCGCUGAUGGGCAUUGUGGCGGCUCAGACGGCUACGAGAUGGCAGGAGAUGCACCAGACGUUGCCAGGGUGGCGGUCUGUUUGCUGCACGACGCUCUGACCGCAACUGGGCUGGGGGCUGAAGAAACGACGGCGCCCGAAACGCUCGCUGCGGCAGCGCUGGUGGCGGCGCUGCAGCUAUUGGCGGCGGAGCCGCCACCUGCGGCAGGCAGCUUGGCCGGUGGCGAGGGUAGCCGCGCAGCGGCGGCGGCGGCGCGUGCCGCGGCGCUGGUCUCGGCCACGGGGCUGCCCCCUGCAGAAGUUUCCCGGCUGGCGCUUGCGCUGCUGCAGGUGCCACAGGCGCUGCGCGCACGCCUGGGUAGCGCAGAUGGGGCCAGCGUACCCUUGGCGGUUGCGCACGCCUAA